CUAAAGAGUUUUUAGCAAUUAUGUCGCCAAAAGCACCAGAAACAAUAUUUAAUGCGAGUAUUAAGCUACCGGAGUGGCUGAAGGCAGAUCUUUUUGAUAACGUGCUAAAAGAUAGCUUUAAAGAUUUCAAGGCAAUAAAAGAGUUUAAGGCGGUGCCCGGCACAAACCCUGGCGAUAAUUAUGCCACGGUUGUGCUCCAAAUUAAAAUAGUUGUGGAACUGAAAGAUAACACAACUGAAUCCACUACGUUCAUGCUGAAAAUUCCACAACAGACGAAGGCAUAUCAAGAAGCCUUUGGGAAGAAUACGUUUAGCAUCUUUGAUAUGGAACGAGAGAUGUUUACGAUAUAUGUCCAAGAGUUUAAACAGCUUUAUCGGAAUGUUGGCCUAGAUAUUGAGUUUGGAGCCAAGUGCUACAAGCUAGAUAUUCCAUAUGAACAUGUACUGCUAGAGGAUCUAAAGCGCAAAGGAUUUCAACCCGCUAAUCGUCAGGUAGGCCUCGAUGAGGAGCAUACCCUUGAUGUGCUCACAAAACUGGCUCAGUGGCAUGCAGCCUCGGCUGUCCGGGUAGCCACAAUGGGUCCAUAUCCCAAACAUGUAUCGGAGGGCAUUUUCAAUGAGGAUGGAAAAGACUUCAUACGCAAAAUGUCCGAUGAUAGAUUAAAGUACUUGCUCAAGUCCUUUGCCACAAUUGAAGGCCACGAAGCGUACUAUGAGGAUUUGAUAAAUAUGGAGGGUCACAUAACAGAAAAUGUUUUGGAUGUCGCCGCUGUUGAUCCAAAAGAGUUCAAUGUGUUGAAUCACGGUGAUUUCUGGCUGCCCAAUUUAAUGUUCCUCUAUGAUCCAAGCUCAGGCAAAUUACUAGAUUCCUAUUUGGUCGACUAUCAAAUGUGUAAAUAUGGAAGCGUCGCCAUUGACUUGCUUUAUUUCCUGAUAUCCUCUCCCCAACUGGAGCUUAAAGUAAGCAAAUUCGAUUAUUUUGUUAAGCAGUACUACGAUCAGCUGAUAAAACAUCUGAAAAUAUUGAACUACACUAAAGCGCUACCCAGUCUUAUUGAUAUACACAAAACUCUGCUGAAGGCUGGCAUUUGGGGAUUUUUGGCAGCUUGCGGUGUUAUGGCUGGAUGUUUGUUGGAACCCACUGAAAUAGCCAGAUUUGAUAAUUUAUAUGCCGAGACGCCCGAGGGAGAUCAAUUGAGAACUCUUUUAUUUUGUAGCAAGGUCUACAAGGAGCAUAUUAAGGUUGUUCUUCCUUGGCUACAAAAUCGCGGUGCUCUCCAAUGUCGCAUUAAAACCCACAACCGAUUCGACUGCGGCAACGAAAUAACAAUAAAUGACGAAAUUAAGAUAACAAUAAAAAGCUUGAAGAGCUUUAAGCUCAUGCCAAGAUUUUUGUACAUAUAUAACCCGGUUAGUUGUGAAAAGCUCAACAGAUGUGCUAUGGAAGGCACGCUGCCUACAACUGAAUUUUCUGUGUUUAUAUUUUAA